CAUUGCAAUGACACUGAUUUUCUUAUCUGUGUAUAUAUAAAAAUAAGACUUGUGAGUCUUGGCACGUCACGUACAGACCAAACGUCCCCUGCAGCUGACCAGGCUUGGUCAAUAGGAGUAGACAUUAGGGGUCCCUGAUCUGACUGAUUUUCUUGGAGUGACUACCAGGCACUAGUAGGCUAUUCAAGAAUGGCAAACCAUGUGAAGCUGUUCUACACUAUCCUCCUUUUCACAAUAACAGGAUCAGCCUCCUCCCAGCCCAUGUCUGCUGCCUCCUCGGACACAUCGGGCCCCCACUUCACCUCCAUCGAGGGCCCCAGGGUGAUCAUGGCCGGGGUCAGGACAGACUUCACCUGCUCAGCCGACUGCAAACCAGACUGCACCUACACCUGGCAGGUGUCCGGGAGGGAGGUGGAGGGCGAGGCCGUGACCCUGACCGUGGACGGUCACCGCGACAGCAUAGAGCUGGAGUGCACCGCCACCAACCCCGUCAGCAAAGACACCCAGAGCACCAGCAAGACUGUGGAAAUCAACAACCCUGUAAUGGUGGUACCGAGCACCAGCUCCAUCCCUGUUGAGGGCAAGCCUUUUUCAAUGAUCUGCAAUGGCUCGGGUCCUGGCAUCACCACAACGUGGCUAAAAGGCCACGAACCUUUCCCCGCUGAUCCCAGAAUGCAGUUCUCCGAAAACAACCGCACACUAACCUUCAGCUCUCUGCUGCCCUCUGAUGUCGGCUUCUACACCUGCGUGGUGACCAACAGCACCAUGAAAGUGGCCAGCCGAGGGUACCUGCUGGAUUUCGGAACAAUCUCUGUGGAUAUUCAAGGGCCGCACACAGUGAUGGCAGGGGUUGAGCAGAACUUCACCUGUGUCCCUGACUGUUCUAUGGACUGUUCCACCCUCUGGACGUUCCAGCAGUUCCCUCAGGGGAACUUUAAGGCCAGAGGAACCACCAUCACGUGGACUCCAGCCAGGCCCGGGCUGGUGCAGAACUUCACCUGCGUAGCAGAGAACAAACUGGCCCAACGAAUGAUCCAAGUCACCUUGAGAGUAGUGGUGACUGAGCCUCCACCUCCCCCCACAGUUCCACCUACUCCCAGUGGCUCUGUGAUAGAGAGACCCUCCAUCUUCCUGCUCUUCUUGGUCAGCCUGCAGCUGCUGUUUGCCCUCUCUGCCUAAAGGGGGCGUAUCUACACCACAAGGAAGUGGAAGUCGGCAGGUUGUUUCUCAAACUCA